UGUCUCGACCUGGUGCGCAUGCGCAGUGCAAAUGUUCUGAACUACGUUGAAGUUUUGUGGAGUCGCACAAUAACACAGUGAAAACCGGAUAAAAGUUCUCCGUUCUGUACAAGAUGAAUCCCGUUGGUUUGUAGGACUGUCUCACUGAAACACAACAUCCUUUUGACCGUCUCCAAUCUCCAGCCUUUUAAGCGACUGCCAGGAUUUGCUUGAGGCUGAUGAUUAGUUAUUGAUGAAGAUCUAGAUAAAAGGUCGUUUUACAUGGAUCAAGGCUCUUCUUGAAGAUGAAUGGUUAUUAAGCGUCUUACUUAAGGGAAGCUGAGAAGUCACUGGAUGAGGCAAAGAAUACCAGCAGUAAUGGCAGAUGAUUUUCUCUACAAUGGAGGUUUGGAGUCAGCACAGAAUUCCCAACCUGAUGCAAAUUGGACUCCUAAUGGUUCUGAUUACUCAACUAACCCUCCUGAAUUCUCAAAUUCACACAGUGAAAAUUGGCAGAGCCCUGAGUUGGAGGAUCUAGAUUCCUAUAACCCCAUCGAGCCCCCACCACUGGACUGGAGGUCCGACUCUUCCAGCGAGGCCGGUGCAGUUGUAGAACUUGAAAGCUGUUCGGUGGGAGAUUUUGAGGCUUCUGGGUCUUUCAACACGGAGUUGAAUGAAGACACAGUGUGUGCAGUAAGUGAUUACGGAGCUCAGGACUCCAGCGAAGCUUCUGACAAAACCGAAGAGCUUUUGGCUCAAGAAAUGUGUGAGAACAAGGCUGAAAUUCGUGUUUUUCAACAGCAGGAUGAGCAGCGAGAAACAAAAGAGAAUUAUGUCGAGGACAGAGAUCGAAAAUUGAGGAAUCAAGAAAUGAAAAGAGAGAAAAUUGAAGAAAAAUGUGGGAAACAUGAUAUUGACCACUCGCACAUUCAAAGUCUCCUCACUCAGCUCCAUCUUUUUCAUCCAUCACCAACUAAUCCUGCCCACUGCACACCUGAUGAAUUAGCCAAUCAGGGCGCUCCGCAUAAUUCGUAUACUCCAGCGGAGGCCCGUGCUUCCUCCUUGCAGGAGCUUGAGUUCAAUGUCCAGUCAGCAUGUGCAGAUGCAGAUAGAAACAUCCCUGAGGCUUUGCUCUUUUCACAUGAGUAUCAGAAAGAUCUACUACAGCUGCUAGAGGAGCCAGAGCCCGAAGAACCCAGAACUGCCCCACUGUUUGUUCACACACCCCUGGUGACCCCCGGACAUCAGUCAGGGCUCAGAAGGCAGAGCAGUGAUGCAGAUGAGAUGAUCUCCAUAUCUCACAGUGAGGAUGCUUGGCACAGACACCUGCAGGAUGAGCUGCUGGUCUCAGGAAUCACAGAGGAGGAUCAGUGGACGCCGUCUGAAGGCCUGAGCGCGGAUCAGUCCAGCUCUCCAAACAAUGAUCUGGAAGCUGAGACACAGCCAGCUUAUAAGAAUGUGCCUGGACCAUGUGAUCCUGAAGACCUCCUGGAUGGGGUGAUCUUUGGAGCUAAGUAUCUUGGAUCUACACAAUUACAGUCUGAGAAAAAUCCCUCCACCAAUGCCCGGAUGGCUCAGGCGCAGGAAGCUGUGGAUCGCAUCAAGGCACCUGAAGGAGAGUCUCAGCCUAUGACAGAGGUCGAUCUGUUCAUUUCUACACAGAGAAUCAAAGUACUGAGUGCUGACACACAGGAGGCCAUGAUGGACCAUGCUCUGCAAAUGAUUUCAUACAUCGCAGACAUUGGGAACAUUAUAGUUUUGAUGGCCCGCAGGAAGCCAGCCAAUCGCAAAUCGGCAGACUCGACGGCUAGCUCUGCAGCACCACCAAAGAAGUGCUGGAUGAUCUGCCACGUGUUUUCUUCAGAGGAUGCUCAGAUCAUCGCACAGGCCAUCAGUCAGGCUUUUGGUGUUGCAUAUCAGCAGUUUCUGUACGCUAACGGAAUAAAAGCUAGCGAUCUGAGGCCAGGCGAGUACAGCGAUUACCUCGGCACUCAAGAACUUUAUAACGGGGACCUGGUUCACUUUUCUCGCUCUGAAAACAUUAGAGAGGUGUGCAUAACAAAAAAGCCUGGAGAGAUAUUAGGCCUCGCGAUCGUGGAGUCUGGCUGGGGCUCCAUCUUGCCGACUGUGGUAGUAGCCAAUCUGCUACACGGCGGCCCUGCAGAACGUUCUGGAGAGCUGAGCAUUGGCGAUCGCAUCAUGUCCGUUAAUGGCACCAGUCUGGUGGGCCUCCCCAUUGCCACCUGCCAAAGUAUCAUACGAGAUUUAAAGAACCUUUUGAUAAUAAAGCUCAGCAUCGUUCACUGUCCACCUGUCACCAAUGCGAUCAUUAAGCGUCCAGACCCCAAGUAUCAGCUGGGCUUCAGCGUGGAAGAUGGGAUUAUUUGCAGUUUAAUGCGGGGUGGAAUAGCUGAGCGGGGCGGCAUUCGAGUUGGUCAUCGUAUCAUUGAGAUCAAUGGACAGAGUGUCGUAGCUACACCUCAUGAGAAGAUCAUCCAGAUCCUGUCCAAUGCUGUAGGAGAGAUUCAUCUGAAGACUAUGCCGACAUCAACGUACCGUCUCCUGACUGGCCUAGAUCAGCCCGUGUUCCUUUAGGAGGCGGGUCCUCUCAGGUUCUCUCGGUCACAUGCAAAUUUGCCACUGAACAUUUGGCAAAUUUGACUGAAGUGUAGAAAAAUGCUUUUAUUUCAACUCUACCAUUUAGCAGAUGCAUUAAAGCUGAACAGUGUAAGAAUGUAUAGAGAUCAUGGACCUCCAUUUUAAAGCUGUUUUAGAGCUGCUUAUUUAACUGCUGCUUGAUAUGUGUACAUUUGUUUUUGCUCUUGCUGCUGAGCCAAGGUGCCUGAAAACAAGCCUUGUGUUUGAAUGACUAUGCAUUAGAA